GUUGACGCAGGAGUUGCUGGAAGAGAUCAUUAAAAUUGACCUUAAACCCGCUACACAGCGACGUCAGCAAUCUCACACAAUGCUCUCGCCUCCUCUCCGCCAUCGUACCCGUCUCCAUGUGGCUCUUCCGUAUCUUGCGCAUUCGCCACAAAUCAAGAUUGCGUAUUCUUGAACCUUUCCUCGCUUCAUCCCCAGUGUCGUAUUAUUUACAUCAAAGAACACCGUUGUCGAAGGGCCUAAUAUCACUCCCAGUUGCAUCUUUCAAGUAUCGAUCCUUCAGAUACGUACUCCAUCCCUACACAAUGCAUGAAUGCCAUAUACACAAUGUCUACACCGGUUUCAGUUUUACCUUUCCUUUGCAAGGCUGAUCGAUCAUGAGCAUCAUCCUUUGUCAAUUCAUGGAUGUCCUUAGUUGAACGGACCGCUUUUGUCACAGUCCUCCUCAGAUACCUGAAUCCAGUGUCAGGAAACAAAGAAACGAGUCUGUGAGAC